AUGGGCCAUUCUAUACCGUUCAUCUGUUUAAUCGCAAUCCUCGUCGUGCUCUCCAACGCACAGGUCUCAUUUGCUCACGAGUCAAGAGAGGAGCAGAUGGCAAAGUGCGACAGGCUCCUGAUACGCAAAGAAUGGAGGACACUUGAAGAUGGCGAGAAGGCUGAGUGGGUGGGAGCUGUCAAGUGUCUAGCAAGCAUACGACACCAACGGCUAUCCCUGUCCAGAGACCAGAGCGUUCUUGAUGGCAAGAGGAGCUUAUACGACGACUUCUCCUACUCGCACGCGUCGCUGGAGAACAGCACCCACAGAAAUGCCUACUUCCUGCCCUGGCGUACGUCUACCUCCAUGCCAUUGAUGUCUGCCUCCAAAGAGCUGCGCAUGCACUUACAUAUGUACAUGUACGAUACCUAUCGGAAGACAGACCGCUGGUUCACUCACCUGUUCGACUCAUCCCUUCGACGCACCUGCGGAUACACCGGGCCAACACCGUACUGGGACUGGUCGCGCGACCACGCCAACCUGUUUGCCUCCCCGGUGUUUGACGACUCGCCAGAGCAAGGGUUGGGUGGAACAGGAGACUGCGAGUCGUCCGACUGCACAGUGACCACGGGGGCCUUGACCGGCGACGACUUCCAGCUCGCCUGGCCGAUCCCACACUCGCUCCGGAGGAACCUCACCCUCAUCACGGGCUGGUACCCGGACGAGCGGCCGCAGAACGAGACUCUCGGCCCCGAAACCGUAUGUCACGCCAUCGACAGCACCACGGGUGACUUCUUCACGUUCCAGAGAGCCAUGUCGGCCCUGCACAAUCACGUCCACAACUUUGUCGGGGGAGACCUGGCGGGCGACUGUCCGGGGACGCUGCCGGAGGAGGACUGCCAGGACAUGGCCAUGAGCUUCACGCCCAACGACCCUCUCUUCUGGCUCCAUCAUGCGCAGCUUGACCGGCUGUGGAAUGUGUGGCAGCGCCAACACCCGUCCAACUUUGCCGCCUUUUCCGGAAUGCCGCUCGUCCCACACAACAUGACUGAUCCGCACUACGACGCGGACGCCCGUGUGCUCGUAGAUGAACCAAUGUUCUUUGACGUCCAGAGCGUGCCUGUGGCUCCGAGAACCUUGUUUGAUAUCGAGACUUGGCCUUUGUGCUAUCGGUACGCAGAGGAGGAGGAAUGGGGGGGAGAUACCUGA